AUGAUCAAGAAGAAUCAGAAUAUUGAUUCAGCUAAUGAACUGAUUUCAAUUUUACAAAAUGAAAUGGAAAUUGAUGAGGAUAUUGAAGAUAUCAUUUAGAAGCUUAUGCUAAAUGGAAUCAACUCUCGCUCAAAAUUAGUCUAAUUUCCUGUAGAAUCUUAUCAUUAAUUGGGGAUUCCAAAUAUAUAUUGGGUUGAAAAAACAACUAAGGGGAAUAAACAAUUAGUUUAAUAUAGUAACAAAAAAUACCUCAAGAAUUUUUGA